UCGCUGUCGACGGCUGGGAAAACGGUGGUUGUCUUUCUAAGCUGUUGACCGUGAUUACUGCAACAUCAAUGGAUGGAUGAACGGAACGAGUAGCAUUGGGAGUAUUGGAUGAGAUUAUCAUCGGAAGUCUCAUCGCGUAUCAUAUCUCAACUGCUCGGGUCCAAAGUAAACGCAUCCUCAUUGGCAUAUGGAAUUGACAAUUGCCGUUUUAAUAUCUCUAAUUGCCAUGUCAUGGAGGACGCUUCUCAUGCAUUGAUUGCAGCAGGCAGGAACCGAUAGGCUGUACUUGCACUCGUUCUUCGAAUGAUGGAGUUCCUCAUAUACGUUCAGUCCUUUAUGGAUACGACCCUACUACAAUUUGCCAAUGACCCCCCCAGCCCCCAGUGAAGCACGGCUCUCAUCCAUUUUGAAAAGCGUUUGGAAUCCAGACAAGUCGCUUGAGCAAAACGCUAAAUCCCUGGUCCACGCUCUGUAUGGAGAAGCUCUCCCGGAUGUGGAACCGUCUGCCAACAAACCGGAGCCCACAGGAUUGAAAGUACUCGAUGUUCUCGCCAAUAUCCUUACCGGUGACCCCUCGAACCAGUCUUACUUUUACUGGCAGAAGGUAGUCCUACCUUUUGCCCAGAUGCUUGAUACAUCGAAUUACCCGCUUCCCAUCCAAAUCGCAUUUGUUCUCUUCGUCUAUGCACGAGUUGUUCCCUUUCUGGGUCCAGAUACGUUUUCCAUGCCUCCUUCUAUUAUGACACUCGAUGGAAGUCCCAUCGAGCUCAGUUGGAUCAUCCCAAGCUCUAACUUGAAGGGCCCAACGGCCGAUGACAAGCCCAAUCGCACCGUUCGCUUCGCGAUUGAGCCUCGAGAUCCGAUGACUGGGAAGUUCCACAAGGGUGCAAGGAUGCUUGACUAUUAUAUUUCCCAACUUGGCAACUUUGGUGGAAUGGUCAAAAUUGAAGACGAUGGGAUGCUUUGGCGACGAAAGAUUGAGAAAUUCAUGUUCCCUGAGGAGGGCGAUUUUCGAGGUGAAGAGGUUGGUGAAGAGGUUCUUCCCGGAAGCCGAUUCAUGCUUGGUAUGGACUUCAAUCCGUCGGGAGUCAUAGUAUUGAAGGCUUAUUACGUCGCAUUCCGUGCUCCUCCUUGGGAUCCUGCCUCCCCUCCGUUGAAUACACAGAGUCCCGUUUUCUUGGGCGAUAUCGACCUCUCACCGUUCCGCAAGCUGGCUGAAGAACUCGACUCGUCACUAGUGGAGCCGUUCGAUCUUUUGAUGGAAUAUACCAACAGUAUCGAUAAAGAGCUUCGUCCAGCAUUCGAGAUAGUGGCUACCGACUGUUUGACUCCUUCAAAAAAUCGCUUGAAGAUAUACUGUCGUACCAUGAAGGGCACUUCUUGGGAUGACGCCAAAAAUGGAUUUACUCUUGGUGGUCGCCUCAACGGCCCUGAGAUGGAAGGAGUAAUCAAGGUCCUGGAGACUCUUUGGGACACUAUGUUCCCGGAUGCCAUCCAGAAUCACUCAAAGCCUUUGGAACGCUCAAAGGACGUGGUAAAAGCUGAAAAGAAUCUGCAUCCCCUUGGUGGGCUCCUGUACUAUUACGAAUUCGUUCCUGGACAGAACUUGGUCUUUCCCAAAGUGUACCUGCCCAUCAGGGUGUACUCUGCCAAUGAUUUGAAUGUUUGUGAGGCGUUGGAACGAUUCUAUCGUCGUAUCGGUCUGGCCGAGCAUCUUUCUGAGGGCUGGUUUGUUCAAGAGGUUUCAAAAUCCUACUCUCACAGGCCCCUCGAUACCCCGGGCAAAUCUAUUCAGACUUACAUGACGUUCUCUAUGAAGAAACACGGUUGGGAAUUGACUAGCUAUUUCUCCCCUGAAGUUUGGUUGAACUAACGUCUUUACUUAAGAGGCGUUGUAUCAUAGUAAAUAAGAGGCUUGUAAUAUUCUCACCAAGUUCUUGAAAGUUGAUGCCCGAUUGCAGACCUACAUACAGACCUUCCCGAUCAUUUACCAGAAUUACUUGUAUUUCAUCUCGUG